AUAAAGAUGCCUAGAAUGAAUGCUCUCAACUGCGUUGGACAAAACGAUUUGGUGUCCUUGCGCAUCAUUUGCACUAUGGCGCGCAACCGAGAGUACAAUGUGGAAGAACUGGACAAGUACGGGAACACGGCCUUGCUGAAGGCUUGCUAUUUGGGGCGCUUCGAAUGCGCUCGCACGCUUUUGGAGUUUGGAGCUAAUAUUUACGCGGUUAAUUACUUUGGACAAAAUGCAUUAACCUUGGCCACCUACUCUGGAAAUUAUCCUUUAGUUCGUGAGCUACUGCAACGCCGUUCCUACAAGGAUUUUAAUCUGUCUUCGCUUAUUCCCGCCUCUUGUGUAGCUGCAAUGCAAAGCCAUGUCGAUAUUGAAUACUUUAUGAAAGUGGAUUCAAGUGGUGCGCACGAUCAGACGGUGCACGGUCUUGGCGUAUACGAUUUGCACGAAAUGGUGGAAAAGGCUAAGAAGAUAGAUCAACAAAUGCAGUCCUCUCAGCCCACCUUUAUCCACCAUCGCUUCCGCUAA